GUUUCUAUUUCCUUUCGUGAUUUUGGUAAAUUAUUUAAGAUUUCUAUUUUCUCUUAUUUCCUUUUGGGAUUUAAAAAAAAAACUUUUUAUGUUUUAUUGUAUAUAUGUAUGUAUAUAAGUAUUAGGUUUAGUUGGUGAGACCCAUCCAAGCAAGAGAGAUUUCCUUUGAAUCAAACAAACACGAUGGCGACGAAACGGAUAUUGAAAGAGCUAAGGGAGUUGGAGAGAGACCCUCCUGUAUCAUGCAGUGCUGGUCCAAUAGGAGAAAAUAUGUUUCACUGGCAAGCUACGAUAAUGGGUCCGAUCGAAAGUCCAUACACGGGUGGUGUUUUCCUUGUCGAUAUCAAUUUCACUAAAGAUUAUCCUUUUAAACCCCCCAAGGUUGUAUUCAAAACCAAAGUCUUUCAUCCGAACGUCAACAGCAAUGGAAACAUAUGUUUGGACAUUCUCAAAGACCAAUGGAGCCCUGCCCUUACAAUCUCUAAGGUCCUUCUUUCUGUGUGCUCUCUUCUUACAGACCCAAACCCUGACGAUCCUCUGGUUCCAGAGAUAGCUCACAUAUACAAAAGCGAUAGGGUCAGGUACGAAGCCACGGCUCGAAGCUGGACCCAGAAGUAUGCGUCGCAAUAAAACUCAAGACUCCAAGUUAACCCUUCUUCAUUCUUUUGCAAAAUGUCUACAACUUGUCCUUUUUCUUCUUCUUUUGCGUUGGUCUUAUUAUAAAACAAUAAAGUAGAAUAUUAUUGGCGGUCUCUGUUUCUCCUUGCUUUGUUUUAAAAUUAACUAGUGUCAUUAUUAUAUUUGAUAUCGACUUUGAUUCA